AUGGCAUGGGCACUAGAGCUAAACGGAUAUAAUAGGUACCCGAACUUCAAGAUCGUGAGGGAUUUGAUCUACAAGAGAGGCUAUGGAAAGCUCAACAAGCAAAGGAUUCCUCUAACCAAUAACAAGGUCACUAAGGAGGGUCUUGGAAAGCACAACAUCAUCUGCAUUAAGGACCUUGUCCACGAGAUCCUGACCGUUGGCCUUCACUUCAAGGAGGCCAACAACUACCUGUGGCCAUUCAAGCUGAAGGCGCCGCUGGGAGGCCUCAAGAAGAAGAGGAACCACUACGUCGAGGGCGGUGACGCUGGCAACCGCGAGAACUACAUCAACCAGCUCGUCAGGAGGAUGAACUAGGUUGAUGAUCGAUGAUCCCUUGUAUUCGGAAGAUGUUUUGUUUGUUAAGCCUGCUUUACAUUAGGAAGUGGAUGGUGGAUGCAGUUUUGAUAUUUCGGAACCAUGAUAUGCAUGUUUGGA